CACAGACAAAAUGGUACCUCACUACCUUACCAUACUGCUGCUAGCGGCGGCCGUCGCAGCCAGGUCUACCCAGGAGGUAGCCUCGGAGGACAACAUCCUAGGGGACAUCAAAGUUGCAUACGAGACAUACAAAGACUGCGGGGAUAAGGACCUGUUCCAUUGCCUGAAGAGGAAGCUCGCGAAAUCCCUCACCAGGUUAUCUAAGAGUGAGGAGAUCUCACUGCUCAAUGGUGUCACCAUCACCAAGAAUGAGGGUGCGGUGGAAAAGGUGGAGGAGGAGGCUAUCCCCCGAGGUCUGGACGAGAGCUCCCUGGACAAUCUUAUCCUGGACAAAAUCGUUGGAUUCAUGCAGACUCAUACCAUUCAGGUCAAAUUCCCCAGCAGCGAGGAGCUGGCCCGCAGCCUCGGGGAGGAACGAGGCAGGAGGAAGAAGCUGGCCCCACUCCUGGCCAUCCCCCUCCUCAUCGGAGGCAUGAUGGUGCCCCUGGCCUUCGGAGCCCUGGCACUCCUCGCGGGCAAGGCCCUCAUCGUGUCCAAACUGGCCUUGGUCCUGGCUGGUAUCAUUGGGCUGAAGAAGCUCCUGUCUUCGAGUGGAAGUGGAGAAGCGCACGAGGUGGUGGUAUCGGCUGGACACGGCGGCGCAGGCUGGAGCAGGUCUAUGGAAAGUGGCAAUGACUUAGCAUACAACGCUUACAAGCCCCAGUAAACAUAUAGCGGAGACAUACCACCUAACAUAUAUACAUAACUGGUCAUAGUAUAGUACGAUAGCUCGCUGAAGCGAAACGAACCGUAUGGUUAGUACAAUAGGGGAUAGGAAAAACAUUAAAAAAAUAUUUAUUUAUUUAUUUGUAGCAUAACGAAACGGCAAGACACGGACAAUGAUAGGUGUACUCCACGGACUUAUAAUUGAUAUAUUAUAACUCUUCGAUAUUUAUAAUUGAUUUAUAAUAUGUAAAUAUUUAUGUAAAUAUAUUGAGCCUUUGGAUAUGCUUUAAUAUUUAGUUUGUACAUAAACGGGCAUACAUGUACCUUUGUAUAUACG